GUUCUGGCAAAGACUGGAGUAAUGGCAUGAGUGGGCUAAUGGGUGUAGCAUUGUGUACUAUCGCUAGAUGGCGAGCCGCUAGUCAGAGAAGUAUACUCCAAGACAAUGCACAACCAAAUCCAGUGAGCAGCAUACAGGAUCGCAUUUUGUCAGGUCGAUAUCUAUCUAUGCCACGAUCUAUUAGGACCUACCAGUCAACACUCGUACGCCAUUUGACCAUUAUAGAAUGUUGAACGUUCAGAGAAUACUGCUGGACUCUCGACCUGGGUCAAAUGGGGUCCCGGUUCCUGAGAAUUUCCGCAUGGAAAAUCAGAGCAUACCCCUAGACUUGAAGGAGGGAGAGGUCCUGAUUCGGACGCUGUUUCUCUCUGUCGACCCCUACAUGCGAUGCCGCAUGAACGAAGAUACGGGAGCGAAGUACUUGACGCCGUGGGAGCUAUCCGAGUGCGUGGACGGCGGAGGUGUGGCGAUGGUGGAGUCCAGUCGCUACCCUGGUCUCUCUCCGGGCGACAUGGUCACCUCGUUCAACUGUCGUUGGCAGACUCAAGAUAUUGUCAAAGGAGGCCUCCUACAGAAGGUAGACCCACAGUUGGUGGAUGGGCAUUCAUCCUACUUCCUGGGUACAGUGGGCAUGCCCGGCCUCACCGCCUUACUGGGUAUCAGAGAAAAGGGUAAUGUGAUCAAGGGCGCCAAUCAGACCAUGGUGGUCAGUGGAGCUGCAGGGGCUUGUGGGUCAAUAUCUGGCCAGAUUGGCCGCCUGGACGGAUGCGUGCGGGUAGUGGGGAUCUGUGGGUCUGAUGAGAAGUGCCGAGCCCUGGUGGAGGAGCUGGGCUUCUCCUCAGCUCUGAACUACCGCCGGGGAGACAUACCCUCCAAGCUGAGGGAGUGCUGUCCCAACGGUGUGGACAUUUAUUUCGACAACGUGGGCGGCCCCAUCAGUGAUGCCGUCAUAGCGCAGAUGAACGAGGGAGGCCAUGUGAUCCUGUGUGGGCAGAUCUCCCAGUACAACAAGGACGUACCAUACCCUCCACCCCUGAGCGAGGCGACCCAGGAGGCCCUACGCUCCAAGAACAUCGCGAGAGAGCGCUUCAUGGUGCUCAACUACAUGGAGAAGCACGAGGCUGGCAUCCUGCAGCUCAGCGACUGGGUCCGGACCGGACAAGUCAAGGUGUUGGAAACGGUGAUGAACGGCAUCGAAAACAUGGGCGUGGCGUUUUGCUCCAUGAUGACCGGGGGAAACAUCGGCAAACAAAUCGUCAAAGUAUCUGCCUGAGGAGGACAAGCCCCAGAAACAGAACCAGCGGUUAGGGUUAACUGGUUCUGUCCCGAGGCCUUUGGAAACACAUCUGCUCACUUGACGAUAACACCGUAUACGCUGAUACAGCCCACUGCUAUCAGGACACAUCUCUCUAGGAUACCGGUCAUACAGUGACAAUAACCUACACCCUUCUUCCCCUACGAACUGGACCUGAAUAGAGCCGCAGGUGCUGGGAGCUGGGCAGCCUCGCCACGUAACCUUAGCCACCAUUGUGUCUGUGUAUUUCCAUGAAUUCAAAUGUAUUUGACUGCAAUGUGGAAGUAACUUUGUUCUUAUCAUUGUCCUAACCAACAGAAUGAACAGUACAACAGUAAUAUCUACCUUAGCAGUGAAAGGUAACAUGGACUAUAGUAACACAAUAAAAACACAACCAAAUGGCACUUUAAUCAACAAUUUAUUUCACAGCACUAUAAACCAUUAAUAAAAUCCCCAAAGUGGUUUGUUUGAUUGAGUUGUCAUCUGAAACAGUUAAUGCAAGUGUAAAACCAUUUAACAUUCAAUCUAUUUAACUGUUGGGGAACAUACAGCUUAAUGACAAUGAAUAUGAUUUCACCCAGCAUUCCUAUUAAAGCAGGAACCCUGGAUUUAGAUUCUGUUUGUGACAUCGACAUUGAGGUCACAUGGAUAGAACACUCGAACUAUCAGAACAAUGAGCAUUGUUGACACAUUAUUACGCAAUCGGCACUAUAGUUACCCAUGGGUAAAAUGUUAACCAAAAGAUCUGUCAAAUGUCAUAUCUGCCCCCUAGUGGACAUCACAGUGGACAUUGCUUGAGAGGCAUCACCAAAUAGGACGUUUUUAACUUGACCCUCACUCCGGUGAGGAGCAAAGCUGCUGUGGAAGAAUUAAUCUGCUGCUAUUUCAUAUGUUCUAUGUCUCUGUUGAAUAAAAGACAAUCAAUACCUCAGAUAUACAAAAUGUGUAAAUGACAAUGCUGAACAUAUAUUCCAAAUGUAAUCAAUGGUUCAAACAGAUAUUGAUGAACUUAUGCACCAAGAUGUUUCUAAGUCUGUGAAAAGUGAACCAUCUUCUGGGGAAUGUAACUUCUGGUGUUAGGAGGAAUGCAAAAGGUCAGCAUGCUGACAGGGGGGGGCGAAAUGCUAGCGCCAAGGGACUGGAGCGGGUAAAAUGGGCUUCACAACUCUUAAGAGUCAACGCCAGGAGAUAAGAAGAGUCAUUAGUGGAGAAUGUAUCCUUUUGCAUCUGGACAUCAUCAGACCUUUGGGUCUGGUCUGCUACCCCUGGAUAAGCUGCCCCCCAUCAUCAGACCUUUGGACGGCCCACCUUGACUGCCCACAAACUCUUUUUGAGACCUAAUAGGAUGAGGACAUCCCCUCCCCAUUGUCUUCUGACCAAUCACCUAACAAACCCAUCCCUUUCAGGAGGGGUACAAGGCCUGUGUGCCCUGCACAGGUGGACAGGAUUUGGACUGGGCAGAACUCUCUCGGACUUCUGUCAAGACUGUUCUCACGAAGGCCUUCGUUUGAUCUACUCUGUGAAGAGAGACUGGUAACAGUGACUGGCAUCACUGAUCUAGACUGAGACAUCCUGGUGUGUUAUAUACAUUGUUUGAUUGCAUCAUUUCCUUAUCAAUAAACUACAAAGAACUUGG